AUGGCAGCGGGUCGGCCGGACACGACAGUGGCUUCGAGCGCGACGCUCCGCGACCUCCCGAUCCAUCGGGAUAUCGUCCGUGCACUCACUGCAAUGCGUUUCCUGCGUCCGUCGCCCAUCCAGCUGCACGCGCUGCCCGUGGCUCUGUUCGGCAACGACGUCAUUGGUCAGGCCAAGUCCGGCACGGGUAAAACUGCAGUUUUUGGGGUCACUGCCAUUGAGCACGCGAUUCGAUACGUCGAGAAGCGGCGGCAGCGAUCCGAGAAGCUCGUGGUGGGGGACCCAUUGGCGCUGAUCUUGGCUCCCACGCGAGAGAUUGCGGUCCAAAUUGAGACAGUGUUGCGUCAGUUGGCGCAAUUUCGACCAGAGAUUGUCAUUUGCACGUGCAUCGGUGGCCUCGCUGUGAGUCAAGACCAGGUGCACUUAUCAGCGGGAUGCCAUAUUGUGGUGGGCACGCCAGGGCGUGUCAAGGCACUCGUAGAUCAGCGUGCUCUGCCAAGCACGUCUAUUCGCUUGCUGGUACUAGAUGAAGUUGACAAACUCAUGGCGCGCGACUUUGAGAAAGAUAUCCAGUACAUAGCGAACGCUGUUCCCGAGAGACGUCAGACACUCGCGUUUUCAGCAACGUUCACUCCUGACCAAUUGCUUUCGGUGGCGUCCCUGAUGAGAACUCCACAGAUUGUCAGAGCUCGCGGACCAGAGGAAGUCACAACGGAUUUCAUUUCGUCUUCCGAAGACCUUGUGAAUUGGGAGAAGCAAGAGCAAUCGACUACACCAGAGCUCUGGCUUCGCCAGGUGCGGCAGUUCUACAGCAUAAUCGAGCCAUUGCCGUCCGCAUCGAUGGGCAGUGAUCCACUUGAUAUGAAAGCCAAGGUGGUUAAGCUAUCGGUACUACUCUCAGAGAUCGUGUUCGAGCAGUGCAUGGUGUUCUGCAACGACAAAUUUCGAGCUGAAGCGCUGGCCACAGCUCUGGUGAAACAGGGUUGGCCCGCAGCAUGCAUCACUGGGUCACAGGCUCAAUCGACGCGAUUGGAAGUCAUGGAAGGGUUUAGAGAGUCACGAUCACGCGUGUUGGUGUCGACCGAUCUCACUGCGCGAGGCAUUGAUGUUGACAAGGUCAACUUUGUGGUGAACUUGGAUUUACCGCGGGACCCCGCAACGUACUUGCACCGUGUUGGACGAAGUGGGCGUUUCGGUGGGAAAGGAUUGGCUGUGACGUUGCUCUCGUGCAGUGACAUGCAAAGCAUCCACCUCCUCGGUCAGGUGUUCAAGAUGGAGAUCAGCGAGCUGCCAUCUCCAGUUCCUCUCGACAUUUACACGUACGUCGCUGUAGCGGGAGAUGGCGAUCCUGGCGAAGCAGUGCAGUCGACAGCGUUUGCAGAUCCAGACACGCCGCCUGCUACAGAGACUAGCAGUGAAGUUACCGUCUGCGAUGCUGAAAGCGACAUCAAGAGUGCGAAUACCAAUCAGAGUGCAGAGCAGCACGUCGCAGUUGAUAAGUGGUCAUCGCGAGCUCGGUACGACGCGGAGGAACGAGCGUAUGAGCAGUGGUUGAAGCUGUUGCUGUAG